CUCGGGGGUAAAAUUGGAAAAGCAGGAGUGUUAGGCCGGGGCAGAAGAAAACAAGGAAAGAAAGGGAAUAGAAAAAGGCGAGGUCCAUAAAGACGUCCGUUUAUUGGAUUUUUGCAGAAACCAGAAAUACAGUGUAAGUUCUCCCACCUCCACUCUCACAGUCUCAUUCUCUCUCUUUUUUUUAAAAAAAAAAAACACAAGAAAUUGGGGGAGGAAAAAGAAAAGAAAGACAAGCAGAGUUAUCUGAUAUCUGGAGGGGAGAGAGAGAAAGAGAAAGAGAAAGAGGAAGAGGAAGAGGAAGAGGAAGAGGAAGAGGAAGAGGAAGAGAGGGGUGGGUGGGGUUCGAGGUAGGGAAGCAGAGUGUGGAUGCGCUUUCUUUUCAAAUCUAAAGUGUGUCUAUUAUCUAUUAUCUAUUCUCUAUAGUGCAGUGUAGUGUAAUUAUUAAUGGUGAAGACUGAAGAUAGAGCAAGGGAGUAAUUACUAAACUGGGGCUGGAUCUCUCUCUCUCUCUCUCUAUCUGUGAAAUCUGUCUACAGUGACUUAGAGUGGUGGUGGUUGUUCAACUUCAACAGUAGCAGUAGCAGUAGCAGUAGCAGAUGAGCAGGAUGAUGUGGAUGGGUGGAGUUGCCUUCUACUUCUACUUGUUUUUCUUCUUCUUCUCCUCCUCUUGGGUGUGGCUGCCAGCUUCCGCGGCCAGAUUGCAUUCACCCUCUCGCCAGAAGUUGGAGCUCCGAAAGCAUUUGAACCGUUUCAACAAGCCUCCUGUCAAAACCAUCCAGAGCCCAGAUGGAGACUUUAUAGACUGUAUUCCCAUUAAUCACCAGCCAGCCUUUGAUCAUCCUUUCCUCAAGAAUCAUACUAUUCAGAUGAGGCCUAAUUACCACCCAGAAGGUUUGUUUGGUGACAGUAAGGUGAAGUUUGGUACAAAGCCAACACCGCGAGCCAAUCCAAUUAGACAACUGUGGCACUCCAAUGGUAAAUGUUCAGAGGGGACUAUCCCCGUUAGGAGAACCAAGGAGGAUGACGUGUUGAGGGCCAGCUCUGUUAAGAGAUAUGGAAGGAAGAAGCACCGCGCCGUUGCCAAGCCUAGGUCUCCAGAUCCAGACCUUGUCAACGAAAGUGGCCAUCAGCAUGCAAUCGCAUACGUUGAAGGAGACAAGUAUUAUGGAGCAAAGGCAACCAUAAACGUCUGGGAACCAAAAAUUCAGCAACCUAAUGAGUUCAGCUUGUCUCAAAUCUGGAUUUUGGGAGGUUCCUUUGGUGAAGAUCUCAAUAGUAUUGAAGCUGGUUGGCAGGUGAGCCCUGAUCUCUAUGGGGAUAACAACACCAGGCUUUUCACAUAUUGGACGAGUGAUGCAUAUCAAGCGACGGGAUGCUACAACCUCCUGUGCUCAGGAUUCAUACAGAUUAACAGCGAGAUAGCAAUGGGAGCAAGCAUCUCCCCUGUCUCUGGCUUUCGAAGUUCCCAAUAUGAUAUCAGUAUACUUGUCUGGAAGGAUCCAAAGGAAGGGCACUGGUGGAUGCAGUUUGGGAAUGACUACGUGCUGGGGUAUUGGCCAUCAUUCUUGUUCUCAUACUUGGCAGACAGUGCGUCAAUGAUAGAAUGGGGAGGGGAGGUGGUAAACUCAGAACCAGAUGGACAGCAUACGUCAACUCAAAUGGGGAGUGGGCGUUUCCCAGAGGAAGGCUUUGGCAAGGCAAGUUACUUCAGAAACAUACAGGUGGUAGAUGAGUCCAACAAUCUUAAAGCUCCCAAAGAUAUUGGUACAUUCACCGAGCAGUCCAACUGUUACGAUGUUCAAACCGGCAGUAACGGCGAUUGGGGUCAUUUCUUUUAUUAUGGAGGCCCUGGCAGAAAUUCUAAAUGCCCUUAGAUGCUUCUUUUAAUGGAACGAAACAUUACGUUAAGUUACUGCUGAAAAUACUGGAAAGUAGAGUACUAUAUUUAACCUUAAAAAAAAAAUCAAAUUAAUCUAUCCCUUUCCCCCAUCCCUUAAGAAAAGGAAAAAAAAAAAAAAACAACCCAAGGAGGCAGAGGUACCCCAAAGGGAUUAGCCUCAUUGUCUCUGCAUAUGCUCUUCUGUAAUAUUCGAUCUUGGUGUUUGAAGUUUGAACCAUAAAACUCAUUUUCUCUCUCUCUCUCAUCCCAAAUUCCACUUCCAAUUCCCAACCCUUGUUUAUUUUAUUACUAUGUGAGUAGGAUGGUGCAAGUAGAGUUAGCUUUUUGCUUGUUUGUAGUAAAUGAGUAUUAAAAAUGUGUUUUUCUUUUUUUUGGGUUUUCACUGGUAUUGGGUUUUGAAGCUUCUCCUCCAUGUAACUAUGUAAGAAAGUGUAUGGGGAGGGAGAAAUCAGCCUGAGUUUUUGUUUCACUAAACUCACAAGAAGCAGGUCUGUUGUCAAUGCUAGUAUUUGUUAGUUCCAUAUAUUUGUAAUCAAAUUGAUUAGUGGCAUUUCAUAAUUUGUUUUCUUUUUGGUAUGAUUUGUACUCUGAUUUGUCAAACUUCUUUUCAAAUGCAAUUUGUUUUUGUUUAUGCA